GCCACUACCCUUUCAGUUUCGUUAUUCCACUAUUUCUAUAAAUGUUACCUUCAAUUUUGCAUUUUGUCAAGUAAAAACAGCACAAAGAAAAAGAUGGCUUGUAGGGGUUCCACGGCAGUUGCUCUUAUCAUUCUCCUUGACAUCAUAUUUUUCUCUCUGGUAUCCUCUCACGACGUUCCAUGUCCUCCUACAAAUCCUUCCUCUCCUCCCUCUAUUCCAAAGAAGCAAGCCAAGUGUCCCAGAGACACCCUCAAGUUCGGGGUCUGUGGGAGUUGGUUAGGAUUGGUGACUGAGGUCGUCGGGACGAAACCCAGCGAGGAAUGUUGCACCCUGAUAAAGGGUCUGGCGGAUCUUGAAGCUGCAUUUUGUCUGUGUACUGCUAUUAAGGCCAAUGUACUGGGAAUUGUCAAGCUCAAAGUGCCUGUUGCUAUUAGCUUGCUUGUUAAUGCUUGUGGGGGAAAGGUGCCCGAAGGCUUUGUAUGUGCUUGAUUAGGAACGGUAUCUAUGCCUAGCUAGCUUAUGAAUCGCACGAUUGAUGUACAUUUGCUCCUUGUACUUAAUUUGUGGUUCAAAUGAUCAAAUAAACCAAUUGUAAUUAGCUGUG